AUGUACGGUGUAGUUCCACGGGUACAGGUCAUGCCACUCUCAGCCCCGAGUGCCCGUGCUCUCACCCUGGGCCGGGCGCAGCCACCCAGCCUCUCCAGCUGUGGCCCCUCUCCUGCAGAGGGGGAUGAUGCCAUGUGGAUAAGCAACUGCUGUUUGCAGACAGGCGUGUACAUCCCCUUUCUCUGCAGGCCCGUGAUGCACCGAAACGUCCGCUACAACUGCAGGGUGAUAUUUCUCAACAGGAAGGUCCUGCUCAUCAGACCCAAGAUGGCCUUGGCCAACGAAGGAAACUACCACGAGCUGCGCUGGUUCACGCCGUGGUCCAGGAGCCGGGCUGUCUUGUACUCAGAAGCUUACUACAAGAAGCUUGCCAGGAGCAGUAAAAACAGAACGAUUCAAGAAGUUCUCACCGCCACAUUGGACUUGGAGGAUGUUAGAAGCUACAGGGCGGAGAUUUCAUCCCGAAACCUGGCAGCCAGCAAGGUGAAUCCCUACCCCCGUGUGAAGGUGGACUUCGCCCUCUCAUGCCAUGAGGACCUGCUGGAGCCGCUGUCUGAGCCUGUGGAGUGGAAGUACCACGGUGUUGGCGAGGAGAUCAGCCUUGGACCUGCUUGCUGGCUCUGGGACUUUUUAAGACGCAGCCAACAGGUAAGACUUCAGCGUGCCAGGGCACGUGUGCCAGCGUCGCCCGUGCAGGAAGAUCAACGGCCCUACGUGAACCUGGAUAAACUUCAGAACGACAACGUUGAACGAGAGGAGCUAUGUCACCAUCAACGAACCUACCGAUGGGGACUUGAACGCUCCAUAUGGGCCGGCCGCCCGGCGUACACGUGUCCCCCACACGUGUCCCCUGCACAGGGUGACGCUUCCCCUCCUGUUGUCCAGGCUCGGCUGAGGAUGGUCAUCACCUAUCUUUUUGCCCAGCUGAGCCUCUGGUCUCGGGGUGCUCGAGGUGGACUUCUGGUGCUGGGGUCCGCCAACGUGGACGAGAGUCUCCUCGGCUACCUGACCAAGUACGACUGCUCCAGUGCCGACAUCAACCCCAUCGGCGGGAUCAGCAAGACGGACCUGAGAGCCUUCAUCCAGUACUGCAUCGAGCGCUUCCAGCUUCCCGCCCUGCAGCACAUCCUGGCAGCGCCAGCCACUGCAGAGCUGGAGCCCUUGACCGAUGGACAAGUGUCCCAGACGGACGAGGAGGACAUGGGGAUGACGUACGCAGAGCUCUCGGUCUACGGAAGGCUCCGGAAGCUCGCCAAGAUGGGGCCCUACAGCAUGUUCUGCAAACUCCUCCACAUGUGGAAAGACAGCUGCACGCCACAACAGGUGGCUGACAAAGUGAAGCGGUUUUUCUCCAAGUAUUCCAUGAACAGACACAAGAUGACCACGCUCACCCCUGCGUAUCACGCUGAAAACUACAGCCCCGACGACAACAGGUUCGACCUGCGGCCCUUCCUGUACAACGCCGGCUGGCCAUGGCAGUUCCGGUGCAUAGAAAAUCAGGUUCUCCAGCUGGAGAGGAGGGAGCGGCAGGACCUGGACGGCAUGGACUGACGUGGGGUCCGCGGGGAGGCCCUCGACCCCCCACCCCACCCGCCCACCGCCAGGAUCCAGUGUCCGGUGUUAUGUCCCUCGCUGGUGACCUUGAGCGGGAGCUCGGCCACUCCCUGCCCGGAGGAGCGCCAACGAGUGUCGUUUCACAUUUCAAGGGAGAGGGGUCUUUUAAGUCUAGUUCCUUCAAGAAAAAAAAAAAAAGGCUGCAAUAAAGAGAAUGAUCUUUAACUCACUCCCGAA